AUGCAAAUACCAGAACCUCCAUCCCCAAGAAAAAACAAUAUAAGUAGAAAAGAAUUUGUUGCAGCAUCAUCCUCAUUCCUUGAUGCCAUCAAACUCAACUUAAAAUGGCUCCUAAUACGUCAAAACCGUCCUUUCAACACCGACGAUUUGUCGGCAUUUGUGUCUUGGUUUGUAUGGUCAAACAUUUUAUGGUUUGCCUUGGGAACAACCACUUUUGUCUCGUUGGUGCUAUACACUUUUCAAACUGUGAGCCGUGAUCGUGAUGAAAACACAAUACUUGAUGAUUUGAUUUUGAAAACAAUAUUCAGAUACGACAGUUCGAAAAUCCAUUUGAAAUUCAAUAAAUUGAAAGAUGGCAAAGAUAAUAUCAUCCCGGAUUUCAGAAAAGGAGUUAUCAGCUUGAGAGAUUUGAGAGUUACCAACGUCAAUGAUGACAAUUGUGUCAAAUUUGAUUUGAAAUUUGAUAAGUUAGAUAUCACAUUGAAUUUUAACAAAUGGUAUCAGAAUAAAGGCUUAGUCAACGAUGUUGAUAUUAACGGUAUUAGUGGGUCGUUGGAUAAUAGACUAUAUGACAAUGACCUUAAUCCGAACGACAAGAAUUACUUGCUCCAAAUGAUUAUUCCAACGAUCUUUAAUGAUAACGACGAUUAUGAAUUCAAUAAUAUCAAACUCCAAAAUGUACAUAUCAAUUACUCUUCUUUCAAUUUGGUCCAUCCUAUUCAGUUUGACAUUUUCAAUCUCGAACUACCAAGGUUAAGAAUGAAUUGGUUUCUUCUUGAUAUUUUGAAACCAAAGAUUUGUUCUGGCUCGAUUGAUAAUUCUUUGUUUACGAUUCACCAAAAGCAAUUAAAUUUCAACCCUCAAUCCCCAGCAAUUGUCGAUAACCACAAACAUUUGAUUGAUUUGAGUAACUUGAAGGAAGCAUCGGAUGAAGCAAAUAACGGUAAUACCAUGACAAGAAUUCAAGUGCACGAAAUUGAUUUGAAAACCAGUUCUUUGCUUGCAAACAAGUUUAACUGGUUAGUGGAUGGCAAAGUGAAUUUGAUUUGCGAUAUUAAUUUACCAAAUGAAAAGCAUUUUAAUAUCAAUGAUUUUAUCCAUGAAAUCAAAAGCAAAGUCAACAAUGAUUUAUUGGUUGGCUUGGAUUUGGAUAAAAAUAUCAAAUAUAUUAAUAACUUUACAAGAAACAUUACUAAUGAUUAUGCUAAUUUUGAAGGAUUUUUCAAGUAUAGCAAUUUAUUCCACGAUGAAAAUGAGUCGGCUAGUGGCGGUAUUGGUGCAAUCAAGAAAUUUUUUACCUUCUUUGAUCCUUCCAAAGAAAAUAAUGAUACUGUAUCCUCACAAGAGUCCCCAUCAAGGAAGUUUGGUAUUUUUGAUUCUCAUGACAAUACUCUGAAAUUGGACACUCUGUGUCAUAAACAAGACAAUGCAAAUAAAAGCAAGUAUGUGUUUUUCGAUUUUAAAGUACAAUUUAUUAAUGCUAUUGGUAAAAUUCCUGAUGAAGUUCCUCAUUCAUCUAUCGACGGCACCCCAUAUAUUGUAGCUGCUGACUUGAGACCUAUUAUUGCUCUUGUGAACAGCAAUGCUGCUAGAAACUCAUUUUUCGCUAAACAUCAAACCAGCUCGAUCUUAUCACCAUCAGAAGUCACAACUUUGGAACAUGUUAGCCAACCAAGCAUGGUUUCCACCAAUGACUUCAGUAUAGUUCAGGAUAAGCAGUUCACAUUGACUGGUUCUAUGAUUUAUAAUCUUGAUGAGAUGUAUAACAAAGUUUCAAUUACCAGCGAGACGUCUAUCGUUGAUGGGAUUGUUAGGGAGUUGUAUGACGACAUGGUGAGAAAUAUGCACUAUGAGUUGAACUCGAACUUUAUCAAGAACUAUGGGAAUAAUUACUAUAAUUUUAAUGUGUCACAUUUGAUCAACGCUCUUGGAAAAAAUGUUAGUUUCGGGGAUGAGGAGAAUGAAGAUCGUUUGUUUGGGAUUGCGAAGCAUAGGCCAAAUUAUAAGAUCAGUUUGUUGAUAUUAUUGGGAUUGGGGGCUUUGUUUUAA